GAUGAAGGUAAAAAAAAAUAUAUAAUUUUUUUUAUAUUAUACAUUUUAGUCUAUAAAAAUUUAAACUAACAAUUUUUUUUUUAGUAUUACUAUAAUAUCGAUGGGCAUCCAGAACCUGAAAGAGUUAUGGGAACUCUGUAUACGGAGAUGCGCAAAAGAUAUUCAGAGAGAAAGAAUAUUAGGCAUUCUCAUUUCCAAAAAUAUUAUUCUGGAAAUCCGAAUGAUUUGGAUAGUGCUCUCAAUGCUAUUCCUGACUUGUGCUCGAAGGAGAGUUGGAAAGAAAUCGUCGAUUUGUUUCUGAGCCCAAAGUUUAUAGUGCGAUCCUCGCAGAACAAGAAAAAUAGAAAGGAAAUGAAGUAUUUGUCGACGCAAGGCUCUAAAUCAAUGGCAGCGAUCCGUAACGAAUAUGAUGAACCUGAUGACCAUGCUAUUGAUGCUUGGAAAGAUACUCAUAUAAAAAAAUCUACGAAGACUUGGGUUAGCAAAACUUGCAAAGAACUACAUGAACAAAUGACCCAAGAGAUGGAGAGACAAAAUAUUCAAAGUAGUCGGUCAGGUUCUGAAUCUGCUUCUAGUGAAGGUUCUACUGCUAAAUCAAUACAGUAUAAGGUUAUGGAUAAAGUUCUUGGCUCGAGGUCUGAUUAUCAAAUAGGAGUGGGAUACAAGCCUAAAGGCAAAGGGAAGAAAUCAGCAUCUAGCUCCACAAGUCGAAGUUCAAGCCAAACUCAGUCACAAGUUCCUACUAAUGUGACUCCAGAGAUGAUGGGAGUUUUGGCUGAGAUGUGGGUUAAGAUGCGUGAUAAGGUCGAGUCAGGAAAUUUUCAGACUGAUUCUUCCCUCCAUGACCCACGCUAUGAAAGUUUAUUGCAGCAGUUCUUACCUUCUCAACAACAAGGUAGUACAUCUAAUCAAAGCCCGGGGACGUCGUCGAUGCCACAGCAACCACAACAAAAUUCUCCAAACAUAUCUGGUGCAUUUUUUGAUGUCAUGAUCCAAUUAGCAGUUCACUUACCUUCCGAGGCAAAGUUGGGCGAUCCUGUACAUACACGUUGGAUGUAUCCAGUUGAAAGGUUCUUAGGUUUUUUGAAAAAAUUAGCCAAGAAUAAAGCACGACUAGAAGGUUCAAUUGCUGAAGGAUAUGUUGCUAAUGAGGCUUUAACAUUUUGUUCAAUGUAUCUUCAUGGGAUUGAAACACGAUUUAAUCGUCCAGAACGUGCACAAGAAGAGAAUUCUAAUAGUUGUACUGAAGCUUACCAAGAAGAGAGAUCAAAUGAUAUUGAAAUAACAUAUGAUGAUACAAAUGUUGAAAUUCCUCUUCACCAUGAAAACACAGAGAUGAUCGAGAUUAACACAUCAAAUAUUAAUCUUGAAAUAAAUAAUAGUGAUCAAAUUUUGAAUGAAACUAAUGUAAUGGAAAGUGGUGAUGAUGAUGUAGGGGAUUAUGAGACUGAUGUAGAGGAUAUUGAUGAGGAAUUACAACAUGGCGAAUGUUCAAAUACAGAUGAAACUGAUGAAAGCUCAUAA